AUUAUAAUUUAUAAUAUUGUAGGCAUUACCGAUCUUCAAGAAUUGAGACACCUUCUCAUCCAGGUGGGGUCAGCAAAGAGUAUCAGAUGAGAUUGCAUCAGCGUCAAGAUAGAGAUCGAGAAAGAGGAGUAUAUGCAUCUUCUAAAAAAGACAAGACUAGAGAUUCUAAUAAAAACAGAUAUAAAGAAGAGGGAGAAUCUAGAUAUCACAAAGGGAGAGAAAGAGAGAGAUCGCCAAGAUCAGAAAGAUAUGGAGAAAGAUCAAGUCGUUACUGGGAUGAAAGUCCGAGAAGAAGAGAGGAACCUCCUACUCCCAGUAUACAACUUAAAGAUACACCAUCCAGAUGUACUUGGGAUGAUGAUGAUCCAACUCCAUCGCGCUUUUCAACUUGGGAUUUACCCACGCCUAAUCCACGUAAAGAUGACGAUCAUAUAAGUUAUUCAGAGAAAAGAUUCAGAAAUUCUGGUGAGGACACCCCAAGAUUUACACCUGUUCAUAAAUAUAAUGCAUGGGCAAAUGAUAGAAGGAAAAUGGGUGCUACUCCAUCAGAAAGCAGCAGGAAAGGUAAAAUUAUAAACAUUAACUUACUCUCUAUUGAGCAUUAGCAAAUUCUUUCCUAU